AUGACUCUGACAAUAAAUUAACCUAAAAAUUUUUUUAAAAUUAAUGAGAAUCAACUCAAAGUUACUUAUGUAUAAAAUUAUUCUUUGAAUGCGAUAUAUAAAUAACAUGAGAAAAAUGAAGAAAUACCUGCUGUGGUUCGCAAAUGAAAACAUUGAAUUUCGAAGACCGGAAAUAGAUUCGCUUCUAGCUCUGAUGAAUAUUAAGAUGAAAUUUCUUCAAGAACCUCAAAAUUCGGAACCCUUUUGGAUUGUUCAAUUUGAAAGUGAAGAUGAUGUGAAAAAACUAGCUGAAAGGUCUGUUUCCCUCAAAAUGUGCUUAGAAUUAUGGGCUUAUGCAGAAACAACAACCAAACUUCACGAUAUACUAAAAAGUUAUCAGAAAUCAUUUUAUGAAUCUCAUAUUGCUACUGAACAAUCUUUCAAGAUUAAAGUGGAAACGUUCUGUAAACAUUUCACUCAAAAAGAAAAAGUUGAGAAGAUUGAGCAAUUUAACUAUUUGCCUGUAGAGGGGACUGUCAAGUUGAAGGACCCCGAUGUGUGCCUUCAGUAUAUUGAAUAUUAUGGAACAAUUCCAACUAAAGUACCUGAUGAACCGUAUUAUGUAUUUUUUGGAAAAUGGAUAACCGAUGGCUUGCGGCAGUUGAUACAAACCUUAUCCCUGAAAUCUCGCAAAUUUAUAGGGAAUACCAGCAUGGACCCUGAGUUAUCUCUGCUGAUGGCGAACCAGGCCCAAAUCAAAAACGGAGACAUGGUCCUAGACCCUUUCGUUGGUUCUGGUUCUUUGCUGAUAGCAGCGGCUCAAUUCGGUGGGUAUGUCAUAGGUACCGAUAUCAACUACUUGAUGCUACAUGGGAAGACAAAACCCAGUAGGAUCAAACAGAAGGUGAGGGAGAUAAAUGAAAGUAUCAAGGCGAACAUGGAGCAAUACAAAAUCGGUCAUCGUUACUUGGACGUUUUGGUGAAUGAUUUUUCCUGUUCUUUUUGGAGGGACGACGUGAAAUUCGAUGCAAUUAUUACUGAUCCACCUUAUGGGAUUCGAGAAGCCACCGAAAGAGUUGGCACAGAGAAGGAAAAUUAUAUAGUGAGUGAAGAGCAUUUGUCGACACACAUUCCAUCAAAAGUUGAGUAUGGAAUAUCCAGAAUCUACGGAGAUCUCAUUUCAUUCUCUCUCAAGCAUUUAAAAUUGGGAGGACGAUUAGUUUGUUGGUUUCCAAUAUUUAGAGAAACAUAUACAGAAGACGGAUUACCUUCACAUCCUUGUUUGAAAUUAGUUGCUAAUUCGGAACAAGUUUUAUCAAAGUUGACUUCAAGAAGAUUAUUGACUUUCGAAAAGAUAGAAGAACCAACACCUGGAUCAAAAAUAAACAUACAGAAUAUAUUAGAUUUUAGGGAAAAAUAUUUCGAAACUAGAGAAGAAACCAGAAGUGAAAAACGUAUCAGGGAAGCUGAACUGAGGAAUCAAAAUAGAAUUAAGUACUUAAAUAAAAAAUAAUAGUUUAUUUUAUAUCAAUUUUUUUGUACAAUAAAUUAGCUUUUUUGGUCUUUA